CCCUCCCUUCCCGCGGAAGCAUCGCAGAUCUGGAGCCGAGCACGGGGCUGCGCUUUAGCUGACAGGUCUUAAAUUCCGCUCUGCAAAGAAGCCCCGGCAGCUUCCGUGCUUGUACCUGAUAAUUGAGAGUCUCAUUGUAGGCUCGGGAAUAAAACAAAUGGAAUCUUUCUGUUGGCUCUCGUACUGAAGAGUGUCUCUUCUUGUUGCAUUUUUAAAAUACCUGAUUUAAGAGAGGAAAAGACAUCUUCAUAGUGGAACUGUAUUCUUUCCUCCCAAGUUACAGCCGCUGUAAAUCUAUCUUCUCACUCAGAUAUGGCAACAAGCAACUUUCACUUUUCAUCUUAUGAUCCCAAGCGGGCACCCAGACAGGGCAGAGGACCCGAUGUGAGCAGUGCAUCAUCAGCCAAGGUGGAUCUCAAGAGUGGUCUAGAAGAAUGUGCAGUGGCCCUGAACUUAUUUCUCAGUAACAAAUUCACAGAUGCCUUAGAAUUGCUUCGUCCAUGGGCCAAGGAGAGCAUGUACCACGCUUUGGGCUACAGUACCAUUGUGGUGCUGCAGGCCGUCAUGACCUUUGAACAGCAGGACAUUCAGAAUGGCAUUUCUGCCAUGAAGGACGCCUUGCAAACCUGCCAGAAAUAUAGGAAAAAAUGCACAGUUGUAGAAUCUUUCUCAAGUCUCCUUUCUCGAGGAUCACUAGAACAGCUGAGUGAAGAGGAAAUGCACGCCGAAAUCUGUUACGCCGAGUGUCUCCUACAGAAAGCAGCGCUCACAUUUGUGCAGGAUGAAAACAUGAUCAACUUCAUCAAAGGUGGACUGAAAAUUAGAACAAGUUACCAAAUAUAUAAAGAAUGUCUUUCUAUUCUGCAUGUAAUGCAGAAGAACAAAAAUGAACAAGAAUUCUUCUAUGAAUUCGAAGGGGGAGUCAAGCUUGGAACAGGGGCCUUUAAUUUGAUGCUGUCUCUUUUACCAGCAAGGAUUAUCAGAUUGCUAGAAUUUAUUGGAUUUUCUGGAAACAGGGAGCUGGGCCUCCUGCAGUUGCGGGAAGGGGCGUCAGGGAGAAGCAUGCGGUCUCCACUGUGUUGCCUCACCAUCCUGGCGUUCCAUACCUACAUCUCUCUGAUACUUGGUACAGGAGAAGUGAAUGUUGUGGAAGCAGAGAGUCUCCUUGCACCCUUCCUGCAGCAGUUUCCAAAUGGUUCUCUCAUGUUGUUUUAUCAUGCGCGCAUUGAGCUGCUGAAAGGGAAUAUUGAAGAGGCACAAGAGAUAUUUCGAAAAUGCAUUUCAGUUCAGGAAGAAUGGAAACAGUUUCACCACCUCUGUUACUGGGAGCAAAUGUGGAUUAACAUAUUUCUACAAAACUGGGUGCAGGCGUAUUACUAUUCAGAUGUCCUUUGCAAAGAGAGUAAAUGGUCCAAGGCAACAUAUGUGUUCUUGAAAGCGGCAAUCUUGAGUAUGCUUCCAGAGGAAGACGUGUUAGCAACUCAUGAGAAUGUGACUGCUUUAUUCAGACAGGUGGAAGCCUUGAAGCAGAGAAUUGCUGGUAAAUCUCUCCCGACCGAGAAGUUCGCUGUGCGGAAGGCCCGGCGCUACUCCCCCUCCUUGCCUGCCCCCGUGAAGCUCGUCUUGCCAGCUCUGGAAAUGAUGUAUGUCUGGAAUGGUUUUUCAAUAGUGGGGAAAAGAAAAGACCUUUGUGAAAAUCUCUUGGUAACCAUUGAAAAGGCUGAGGCAGCUUUACAAAAUGAAAGCUUCAGUGAUUAUUCUGUGGAUGACGAGUGCCUGGUGAAGUUACUGAAAGGGUGCUGCCUCAAGAACUUACAGCGGCCCUUGCAAGCUGAACUGUGCUUCAAUCAUGUUUUGGAAGGCGAAAAGCUGCUAAAGUAUGACCACUACCUAGUGCCAUUCACUCUGUUUGAGUUGGCCUUUUUGUAUAAAAGCCAAGGGGAAAUUGACAAAGCCAUAAAGGUCCUGGAGACUGCAAGAAACAACUACAAAGAUUACUCCUUGGAGUCCAGACUACAUUUCAGAAUUCAGGCAGCUCUUCACCUCUGGAAAAAACCCUCCUCGGAUUGAUCAAAACAUGAAGGAUGGAAUUCCCCUCAAGUAGCCUGGCAUCUGAGAUAGAUCAGUCCUUGUAUUAAAGUGGAAAGGGAUCUUAUGAAUAAGAGACAAAACCAGUUUUAAUUGUCAAUAUUUUCUGUCCUCUGGCUGGUUUACUGUUGGUCUUGCAUAAAUUUAUUUUUUUCCUUAUAGAAUGACAUUCAGUAAUCUAGAAAAUUAGUAUAUUUGCCUCUCCAAAAGUAAUUUCAUGUUCAUUUUUAAUUGAAUAGUGAAGAACUCUUUUAAGGGACCCACAGGUACAAGAGUCUUAAUUAAAUUAUUUAUUUUUUUAUGUGGAAAUAAUAUUAAGUAGCAAAUGGCUUAGUCCAAGCCAUUUUUAGGUUUGUUGGUCUUUUAAAUGUCAGAGGUACUUUGUUGCCUAUUGCUUAAAUCUCAGAAGGGAAAGAAAUAUCCCCUUCAGAGUAACUUAACAAUGAACUUCUGAAGACUGAGAAAGCAGAAGGCGUGAACUGGGCUGGGGUACCGUGUCUCACAGGUUAGAGCGACCUGUAUCUGUCAAAGACGAUGAAUGCUAAAAAUGACUGAGCUUUUACUGUUCGUGUUAGUUAAAAGUAGUGACACUCUGAGAGACUGUCUUAUUCGUGAAUGUACUGAAGUCUGUUAUAAUAACAAAAAAAUUUUUUAAAAGCCUGUACAUCUAAAGGGAAGAAAAGUCAUAAUUUAGAAAUCAUCCUCAACUGUAGUGAUGAAGCCUAAAAUAUAUACAUUGAUUAUUUUUCCUGUAGGAAGCAAAGUAAGUUCCUGCUGCUUUAAAUGAUAAGUACAAUAUUAUUAUUUUUUACACUUGCGAGGUUGGUGGGAUCUUGUUUUCUAAUCUGUGCAGAACUGCAGUGGUUCCUUAUCAUAGUUGGACUGUCCUUUAAUUAGGAAGCAGAAUCAGGUCACAGAGCAGGAAAUAGCCCCUACUCUGCCACCGGUGCAUGGUUAAUGGGUGGCCUUCAGGAAGCCUCUUCUCCCUCGCGUCACGUUUUCCUCCUCUGUGAAUGGGAAGAGAACAGGCAACUGCCUGCUUCAGUUUUAUGACCGUGGUGUGUGCAUUCGGUGCAUGUUGUCAGCAGACGAGGUUGAGUGUCUGUCCCUGUGAGUGUUUCAUCUCUUCCGUCGCUGCGGUCCCCUCCGGCUGUUCCCGUGUGUUGUGGCUCAGGACCAGAUUGAUCUGGAGUGAGGGGAAACCGUUCAUGAGUUGCUGAGUGGAAUUUGGCCUUCUUUCUGUUUCUGUUGUGAACACCAGACUGUGGUACUAACCGUCUGAGAGGCCUCUGAGUUUUCACAGAAGCCCGUCUCUGUUGGUUAGCAACUCCACGGCACGGAGCAUCCCCUGUUGGGCUCAGUUUUCUUGGUGGGGACAGCAAGGUGACACUUGGUGCUCAUGAGGGGGCAGCUUUAGUGCCUGAGUGGCCACAGAGUAAGAGUAAUAAUUGUGAUAAUUACGGUUCUCAUGCAUAGAUUACAGUAUCCACAUAAAAUUAUUGGCUGAAUAUGUGGUCUCUGCCUUUAAAUGCACGAAGUGUAGAAAUUUAAGAACAUUGAAAUUUGUUCAUGUAUUUGGCCCUGAUGGUAGCCCAGAUUAUGAAUUUGCCCCUUUCUGUGCCUGGCUGCGGGACCUUGUGUCCUGCAGGGACUGUGUUUCCCAGGGAGGAUGUUAACCAACACAGCAGUCGGAGCACCACCCCUGCUGGCGGUGCUGACAGAUGUCAGUCCUUACUCUUGGACCAAUUACAUAGCUGCAGGUACGCACAGAAGAAUAAAUAAAAUGAAUUGUCAUAUGUAAUUAACAGUGGAAAAUAUGUUCGAUAGUUAUUUUGUGUAUAACUUUGGAAAAAGUUGAUAAAUUAUUUAGAAGAGCUUUGGUAGUUUUAUUUUUUAAGGCAGAAAUAUCCAUAUUAAGCAUAUAUACGCACAGUUAUUUUUCUGAGAAGCUGUAAGUUGGAGUGGAUAAUAAAGAAAUUCUCAUUUGGUAUAAAAUGAAAUACUUUAGAGCUAAUAGUGACUUGAUUUUAGCUGCAUUAUCAAACAAAUAAAAAAUCCAUCUGUACAAUUAAAAAUUUUCUUUUUUUGUUUUUAUUAUAUCUUAUUUUUAUAGUUUCCCGGUAUUGCGGAUAAUCUGCCCAGGGGAUUUCUAAGUACUGUAAUAGAAUCUGUGCUGUGUGUUUAUGUUUCUUGUUAUGUUUAAGACACUGUGCUGGUGGUACCAGUUUCUUGUGACUUGAGCUACUACUGCAUUUUUGGACUUUGUGAUUUCGGGUGCUCUGUGAAGAGGGGUGCUGAAGGAACGAUGUUUUACCUAAUCUCUCUGGGCAUGUGUCAUGGGUUGGGUUGCCAGUGUGUCUGACAGUGCAAUUUGUGCAGUUUCUGGUAUAAUUGCCUUUUUUUUUUUUUUUUUUUUUU